GUAGGUUUCCUCCUCGAUCUUCACGUGCCACCCAUCAGAUUUCCUUUGAUAUUCGUCUGAAAUAUUAGACAGCAACCAAAUAUAGCGAGAUGCAGGCUGGUGAUUCUGGCACAGAGACACCACAUCUGCUCACUUAUUGUGUCAAUCUUGAAGCGAGCCAUGCGGCAUCAUCGCCUGAGGACCGCUUCAACUCCACACCAAUGCGAAAAUUUUUGUCCCUCAGCACUUCCUCGACCAGCAAUUGCUGGGCUCAAGGAUCUGGCAGGCCACACAGUGCACGCGAAAAGCCGGGCCGGGAGGAGAUGGGCACGCAAGAAAUCCAAUCUGAUAAGAUUAGAUCUUCCCAUCUCGUCCGCAAAAAGCCCGCUUUUCCACCCCUGGUCAGUGGAGUUCACCCGCUUCCUCUCUUGCAGCCCAACUGCCGAGGAGGGAACGCAUCCAGAGCUAACGAUGCUGUCCGCCGACCCUCUCGGGAAGGUGCUUCUCCCCUGUGCUUGUGUGCUGGGAGGAGGCCUGACUGGGACGUACCUCAACCCCUCUCACGGAGUGCUCUUGUAUGAGCGAAUAUCCACCUGUCUCACAAUAAAUCGCUCUUCACCUUGCGGAACAUAUCAAAUAUGCAG